UCUGCGCGGCUUGGCGGGGGCGGCUGGGCUCUGGGGCGAUGGGCAGCGGCUGGAGCCAGCGGGACUCGCGCAGACAGCGGCUGGACAGUCUCCUGCCCCACUAUGGAACUUUGCCACGGGGUCCAACCAAGGCCUGUGUGGAGGUGAGCGGCUACCAGCAAAGCCUGUGGCGGACUGGCCUGUGCCAUGUGGGGGCCCUGCUGACCUCUGGGAUCUUGCUGUUAAUCUUCCACUGGAAGCCCCAGCUCGAGGUCAAGGCCAAGUGCACCUCCUGCCCUUUAGAGCAGGCUGACUGGCUGAUCAUCAAGGAUCAGUUUGGGCAACUUUUCACCACCCAGGUGCAAACUGAGGUUGUCAGUGAGGGCAGCCUGAACCAACUCCAGGAAGGCCCAUGGGAUUGGAAGCUGGAGGAAGAUGGAAGGAACCACAUGGCAGUGGGGGUCUCCCAGGAGGACGCCUGGAGGGACACCAUCCGGCUACACAGAAAAGAGGAGCAGAACAUCCUUCGGUACUAUGUAUUUGAAGGGGUCCGAUACAUAUGGAUUGAGGCUCAGCAGGCCUUCCGCCGUGUCAGUGUACUAGAUGAGAACAGGACCUGUGAAGACCUUCAUCAUUCCAGCGCUGGACUCAGCCCCCAGGACCACAACAUAAAAAAGACGAUAUAUGGCCUUAAUCUGAUUGAUGUGCCGGUCAAAUCGUACUCUCGGCUUCUGGUGGAUGAGGUGCUGAAUCCACUCUACAUAUUCCAGGCUUUCAGCAUCACCCUGUGGCUAUGGGACGCCUACUACUACUAUGCUGGUUGCAUCUUCCUCAUCUCCAUUAUCUCCAUCUUCCUGGCACUCUAUGAGACCAGGAAGCAAAGCCGGACUCUGCAAAACAUGGUGAAGAUGACCAUGAGUGUGACGGUGCGCCGAGCUGGCGGAGAAAAUGUGCUGGUCAAUUCCAUGGAGCUGGUCCCUGGAGACUGCCUGGUACUCCCUGCCAACGGUGGGCUGGUGCCCUGCGAUGCCGCGCUCCUGUCAGGAGAGUGCAUAGUCAACGAGAGCAUGCUGACAGGGGAGAGCAUCCCAGUGAUGAAGACCCCACUCCCUAGUGGUCCCACUCCCUACUCCCCUGAGGAACACCGCAGACAUACACUCUUCUGUGGGACACUAGUCUUGCAAGCCAGGGCCUACAUGGGAACUGACGUCUUGGCGGUGGUGACCCGGACAGGAUUUUGUACGGCGAAAGGGGACCUGGUUAGCUCCAUCCUCCAUCCCAAACCUAUCAACUUCAAAUUCUACAGGGAUGCCCUGAAGUUUGUGUUCUUUCUCUUUAUCCUGGCUGCCUUGGGCACCAUCUAUAGCAUCGUGGUCUUAAUCCGAAACAAGGUAGCAAUAGAGGAGAUUGUAAAGCGGUCCCUAGACCUGGUGACAGUGGUAGUCCCGCCAGCACUCCCAGCUGCCAUGACCGUUGGCAUCAUUUACGCCCAGAAUCGUCUCAAGAAACACAGAAUCUUCUGUAUUAGCCCACCUCGCAUCAACCUAGGGGCCAAGCUGCGGCUGGUCUGCUUUGACAAGACAGGCACGUUGACAGAGGAAGGCCUAGAUGUUUGGGGUGUGCUCCCCCUAAAAGGUGACGAUUUCCUGUCCCUGAUCUCAGACCCGAGGCAGCUCCACGGAGGUCCCCUGCUCACUGCCUUGGCCUCCUGUCAUUCCGUCUCCUUGCUAAAUGAGCAGCCCAUUGGUGACCCCAUCGACCUCAAAAUGGUGGAGUCUACUGGCUGGUGCUUAGAAGAAGAGGGAUCAGAGACCUUAGUGUUUGGGACCAAGGUCAUGGCUGUGAUGAGGCCCCCAUGCCUGGAGGAGCAGCUUCAGGGGACAGAGCCCCUGGAGCCCAUCGGCAUCCUCUGCCGAUUCCCCUUCUCGUCAGGCUUGCAGCGGAUGAGCGUGGUGGUAUUGCGGCAAAGGGGAGCCCCUCCCGAGGUUUACAUGAAGGGGGCCCCUGAGAUGGUGGCCAGUCUCUGUACCCCAGACACAGUGCCUUCAGAUUUCUCCCAAGUCCUUCAGCGCUAUACAUCGGAUGGGUUCCGGGUUCUGGCCCUGGCCUUCAAGCCCCUGCACAUCACUCCCACUUUGGAGAAGGCUCGGCAACUGUCCAGGACAGAAGUGGAGAGCGGGCUGACUCUGCUGGGCCUCCUGGUGAUUAAGAAUGUGCUGAAACCAGAGACGGCGCCCACCAUCUGCACCCUCCGCAGGGCCAACAUCCGAACUGUCAUGGUCACAGGUGACAACAUGCUGACUGCGGUCAAUGUAUCUCGGGCCUGCGGCAUGGUGCGACCCCAGGAGCCGGUGGUGUUGGUCUAUGCCUCCGACCCUGCCAACGGCAAACCGGCUUCCAUCAAGUUCAUCCCCUCUGACCACUGUCCGGGUGGGGAACAAGCUGAGCCCAAAGGGUACCUUGUGGAGCCGGCCGGGGAGCACUGCCACCUGGCGCUGAACGGGAAGGCAUUUGCUGUGGUUUUGGAUCAUUUCCCUGAGCUUUUGCCCAAGAUCCUGCUCCAGGCCACCAUCUUUGCCCGGAUGACACCAGAACAGAAGACUCAGCUGGUGUGUGGCUUUCGAAACCUCAACUACUGUGUGGGCAUGUGUGGAGAUGGGGCCAAUGACUGUGGGGCCCUGAAGGCAGCUGAUGUGGGCAUCUCCCUGUCAGAGGCAGAGGCUUCGGUGGCAUCACCUUUCACCUCCCAAAUCACCAACAUUGAGUGUGUGCCUAAGGUGAUCAGGGAAGGACGAUGCUCACUGGUCACCUCCUUCUGCAUUUUCCAGUACAUGGCCCUCUACAGCUUUAUCCAGUUCAUCUCUGUCCUACUGCUCUACACUAUCAAUACUAACCUAGGUGACCUACAGUUUCUGUUCAUUGACUUGGCCAUCAUCACCUCGGUGGCAGUGCUAAUGAGUUUCACCGGGCCUGCCCCAGAGUUGGGGGUCUCCCGGCCCCCAGGGGCCCUGCUUCGUGUGGCCGUCAUGGGCAGCCUCCUCCUGCAGACUGCUCUGGUUGUGGGCAUCCAGCUUAGUGGCUACUUCAUCACCGUUUCCCAGCCCUGGUUUGUCCCUUUAAACAGGACGAUGUCAGGGUCCCAGAACCUGCCCAACUAUGAGAAUACAGUCAUCUUCUGCCUCUCAGGUUUCCAGUAUCUCACGAUGGCCGUAACCAUGUCGAAGGGGCCGCCUUUCCGCCGCCCACUCUACAGCAACGUGUUUUUCCUCUUGGCCUUGUUUAUCCUGGCCACCAUCAUGAUCAUGCUCACCCUGGGCCCGCCAGCCUUCCUGCUGAAGUGGCUGACCCUGAAGGAGAUCAAGGACACCCGGUUCAAGCUGCUACUGCUUGGCUUAGCUGCCCUCAACUUCGUGGCGGCUUUCAUGCUGGAGUGUAUCUUUGACCAGUGGAUCCCCAGAUGCCUCCGCCGCCUGUGCCCAAAGAAGGCAUCCAAAAAAUUCUUCAAGCGGCUUGAACGGGAGCUGGCCCAGCAGCGAACUCCCUGGCCCCCACUCCACCAGCCCAUCCUGGCCACCCACAAGACAGCCUCUGUCCUGAGGUAGCCCUGGAUCCUGGGGACAUUCCUGGGGUGGAGGUCUGAGCCCCUCCCCCCCACGUCAUCUAUUUAUGCAUCUUGGUAGCAACACUGUACAUGGCCUGGGACUGCCAACACACUCCUCGAGCACCUCAGCCCAGAGAACGCCGCCUUCCCAAUUCCAUGCCUUUCAUCCUUGGCUGAGAUUUGGGGGGUGGGGCAUCUCGACUCCUCAGAAGCCACCCCCAAAGGCAUUCAAUUCCUUCCUCCUCCCCAGUCGUGAGGGGCUUCACUCCAUGCCCCUUCCCAGACCAGUUUAGUUCCUUUAUCUCACCUUGGAAAUAGUCUAAUUUUUUAUCCGUGGACAUGGGUACAUGGAGGGGUCAGAUGCAGCUGACACUCACUGCCCCUGUUGAGAGACUGAAUAAAUUUGCCUUAUUUUCCUGGAUGUGCUGAUCUUAUGUGAGACCCUGGCCCUGACCACUAGCCCCUUGCUCAGGAUGCCUCUGCCUCCACGUCCACCUUUCCUUUGUCCUGAGCCUCAGCAGAGCAGCAAGGGCGACCCCAAGACGUGCUCCACCGAAGAGAACCUUAGACUGAGAGUGAGGACACCUGGGUUCUAGGUUCGGUUCUGCUACUGCUCAACUCCGCAACCUCGGGCAACUCACUUCCCCUCCACGAGCCUCAGUUUCCUCUUCUGUAAACUAUCGGACAAUAAUACUUGCAGCAUGACCUACCUCACAGGGUUGUUGUGAGGAAAGUGCCUUGUGAACUUCAAAGGUCUAUAGAAAUGGCAGUUGAUGUCAUGCGGGGCCAGUCAGUAUUGAACCUACAUCUGGCUGCUCUGUGUCCUUCCAGCACCUUUCUGUACCAUGGUGGCCAGCAGGAUUGAGAACAAGAACUGGUGUGAACAGGGGCUGGUGUGAAUAGACUGGCUACAACAAAGGAGAGGCAGAGAUGAUCCAGCACUGGGAGGGCAAGAGCUAACCCACUGAAUGAUGGAGGCAGGAUCAGAAAAAUAACUUAAGAGUAGAGCAUAGGACCAAAUAGAAUAAGAUGGAACUGAAGAACAAUAAAUGUCAAGUCUUACACAUGGGUUCAAAAGUGUCACAAGUACCGAGUAGGUGAGAUGUAAUUAAGCAGUAGUUUAUCUGAAAAAAAAAAUGUCUGAAGUUUUUCAUGGCCUACAAGGCCUGUAUAAAUAAGUAGUGUGAGAUGGUCAGCAAAAAAACUAAGGAGACCCUAGGCUAUUUAAAGAGAAGGAUCAGGAAGGCCAUAACCCUAUUGUGCUCUUUCCCUGCCAGGCCCCCUUGCAGGGUAUUAUGUUUAGCUCUGAUCCCUACACUUUAGGAGGAAUAUUGACUGUCUCUAAUUUGUCCACUGGGCUUGGAAUCAGCAAGACUUAUCUUCAUGAGUUCAAAUCCAGCCUCAGACACUUACUAGCUGUGUGACC